AUGCUUAAAAAAGGCAAGUUAAAGCUCCCUGACAGGCUUGGUAGUUUGGUCCCUGGUUUUGAUGACAAAGAAGAGGAAAAUGGAGGGUCCCACCCGGUUUUGGAGUCUGGUGAGGAGCUUGAAUUUAUGGAGCCUAAUGGGGUUGAGUUAGGCCACAAGGAAAAUGAGUAUGAAUUUGAUGAUUUGGGUGCUAAUGAUAGAGUUGGGGAUAAGGCGGAUGCUUUUAGGACCCGGAAGAGACCCGAUAAAGAUGGGUCGGUCCAGGUUUCGGCUAUGGAAGUUAUUGCAGCUGAUGAGAAAAGGUCUGAUCUUGAAUAUGAGCUCUCUCAAAAGGAGAUAAAUUUGGAAAAGGUGAAGAGAAUUGCUAGUAUGGGGCUCCCUGAUGGAGGAGGUUUGAGGGCAACAGCUUGGAAGCUACUACUGGGUUAUUUAUCUCCUUCUCCUGACUUGUGGGAAAAGGAGUUAACCGAGAAUAGACAAAAAUAUGCUAAGCUAAAAGAGGAGCUUCUACUGAGUCCUUCAGAGUACACCAGGGUAAAAGAUGAUGCAAUGAUUUCCACUGAGCUGAGCAGGGAAGAUGAUGAUGCUGGACCACUUAAGCGACAAGGAAUUUCUCAUGGAGAUCAUCCCCUGAAUGUCGGUAAGGCUAGUGCUUGGCAUCACUACUUCCAGCAUACAGAGAUUGCAGAACAGAUUGACCGUGAUUUGCAGCGAACACAUCCAGAUGUGAAAUUCUUUUCAGGGGAGUCCUCAUUCAGUAAGAAAAAUAGGGAAGCAAUGAGGAACAUUCUUCUUCUAUUUGCAAAACUAAAUCCUGCUAUUCGUUAUGUUCAAGGCAUGAAUGAGGUCUUGGCACCAAUAUACUAUGUAUUUAGCACUGACACCGAUGAGCAGAAUGCUGUAAAUGCUGAAGCAGAUAGCUUUUCUUGUUUUGUUCGAUUGCUGAGUGACUCGGUGGAUCACUUUUGCCAACAUUUGGAUAAUAGUCCAGUUGGCAUUCUCUCCACUCUUUCCCGUUUGGCAGAAUUAUUGAAAGAAAACGAUGAGGAAUUAUGGAAGCAUCUUGAGUUCACAACCAAGGUUAAGCCACAAUUCUAUGCAUUCAGGUGGAUCACUUUGCUACUUACUCAGGAAUUCAACUUCCAAUCCAUUUUAAGAAUUUGGGAUUCUCUCUUGAGUAGUCCUUUCGGUGUUCAGGAUAUGCUUUUGAGGAUCUGUUGUGCAAUGUUGUUAUGUGUGAAAAGCAGGCUAUUGAGUGGUGAUUUUGCAGCCAACUUGAGGCUUUUACAGCACUACCCUGACAUCAACAUUGAACACCUUCUCCAGGUAGCACAGGAUCUAAGUGGAGCUACAUCAUCCUACAUCUUCAAGCUUCUUGCUUCCCCAAAAAGCAACACAAAUCAUGAUAUGAAGAAUCAGGACCGUAGAUUUGUCGGACCCGCUGGCGGGGCUUCAACUUUGGUUCAAAGAUUUUGCAUUGCUUAUGUAAUCUUCACGUUAAGAACAACUGCAAACAAGCUGUUGUUCUUCUCAGAAGUUAGCUCUCUUGGUCUUGGUCUUUGGAUGAUUUACAAAAUAGCAACAAUGGAGCCUGUUCUGCUACAUGGGACGCUUCACGUAACAAUCUACGAGGCUUGCAAGCUUUGUAGUUCAGGGUCAUGCAGCAAGUUUUGCUGUAAGAUAUUGGAGAACAUUGAUAAAACUGUUGUAUUUGGAAAAGGCUUCUCUAAACUAUAUGCCGCAAUUGAUUUAGAAGAAACUAGAGUUGGCCGAACUAGAUUGUUAGAACACAGGCGGUCUAAUCCGCAGUGGUUCGAGUCCUUCCACAUUUACUGUGCGCAUAUGGCUUCCAAUGUUAUAUUCUCUAUCAAAGAAGACAAUCCUAUUGGGGCAAUUGUGAUAGGGAGAGCUUAUUUGCCUGCCGCUGAACUCCUAGAUGGAAAAGAAGUAGAUAAAUGGCUUAACAUCUUGCAUAAAAACCAUAGGCCUCUACGUAAAGGUUCAAAAAUUCAUAUGAAAGUGCAGUUCUUUGAUGCCACUAAACGGCGGUAUUGGUCUAAAGGGAUUGCAAGUCCUGAAUUUCCAGGUGUCCCUUACACAUUCUUCAGUCAAAGAAGUGCUUGCAGAGUUACUCUUUACCAAGAUGCUCAUGUCCCCGAUAAAUUUGUUCCGAGAAUCCCUCUAGCUGGGGGCAAGCAUUAUGAACCACAUCGAUGCUGGGAAGACAUUUUCGAUGCCAUUUCUAAUGCAAAGCAUUUGAUUUACAUCACAGGGUGGUCUGUAUAUACUAAAAUCGCUUUGGUAAGGGACCCCAUGAGGCAAAAACCUGGAGGAGACAUGAUCCUAGGAGAGCUUCUGAAGAAAAAAGCCAAUGAAGGUGUUACUGUCCUGAUGCUCGUUUGGGAUGACAGAACUUCUGUGAAGUUACUUAAGAAGGAUGGAUUGAUGGCUACACAUGAUGAGGAUACAGGAAGUUAUUUCCAUAACACAAAAGUCCAUUGUGUUUUAUGCCCCCGUAACCCUGAUAAUGGACAGAGCAUUAUACAAGACAUAGAAAUUUCCACAAUGUUCACUCAUCAUCAGAAGACUCUGGUGGUGGAUAGUGAAUUGUCUGGUGGAGAAUCACAAAAGAGGAGGAUUGUGAGUUUCAUUGGUGGUAUUGACUUAUGUGAUGGGAGAUAUGACACUCCUUUUCAUUGGAUUUUCAGGAAAUUGGAUACGGUACACCACAACGAUUUUCGUCAGCCAAAUUUUGCAGGUGCCUCAAUUGAUAAAGGAGGACCAAGGCAGCCUUGGCAUGACAUUCAUUGUCGGUUAGAAGGAUCCAUUGCUUGGGAUGUCUUGGUCAAUUUUGAGCAGAGGUGGAGAAAGCAAGGUAGGGAGGACUUGCUUCUUCAACUAAGAGAACUUGACAACAUUUUUACACCUCCAUCUCCUGUUAUGUUCCCUGAAGACCACGAAACAUGGAACGCUCAAUUGUUCCGGUCUAUCGACGGUGGAGCUGCUUUUGGCUUCCCUGAAGCUCCUGAAGAUGCAGCCAGAGUCGGACUCAUCUGUGGGAAGGAUAAUGUCAUUGACAGGAGCAUUCAGGAUGCUUAUAUCAAUGCCAUUCGGCGGGCCAAGAAUUUUAUUUAUAUUGAAAAUCAGUACUUCCUUGGAAGCUCUUUUUCCUGGAAAUCAAAUGAUGUAAAAGUCGAGGAGGUUUGUGCCUUGCAUCUUAUCCCAAAAGAACUGUCAUUAAAGAUUUCUAGUAAAAUUGAAGCUGGAGAGAGAUUCACCGUCUACGUUGUCAUUCCAAUGUGGCCGGAGGGCAUUCCAGAAAGUGGUUCCGUUCAAGCAAUUUUGAACUGGCAAAAGAGGACAAUGGAGAUGAUGUAUAGUGAUAUAACCGAAGCUCUCCAGGCCAAGGGGCUUGAGGCAAAUCCAAAGGACUACUUAUCAUUCUUUUGCCUUGGAAAUCGAGAGAUAAAGAAGACCGAAGAAUAUCUACCUUCGGAAAGACCUGAACAUAAUUCAGAUUACAGUAGAGCUCAGAAAGCUAGGCGGUUCAUGAUCUAUGUUCAUGCUAAAAUGAUGAUUGUUGAUGAUGAAUACAUAAUCACUGGAUCUGCCAACAUUAAUCAACGAUCGAUGGAUGGCAGCAGGGACACAGAGAUAGCAAUGGGAGCCUACCAACCAUAUCACUUGGCCACCAAGCAGCCAGCCAGGGGCCAAAUUCAUGGCUUCAGGAUGUCAUUGUGGUGUGAGCACCUAGGCCAGCUUGAUGACACCUUCUGUCAUCCUGAGAGCCUGGAAUGUGUCCGAAAGGUGAAUCACAUCGCUACAAAAUACUGGCACCUCUAUUCAUCCGAGAUAUUAGACCAGGACUUGCCAGGCCAUUUGCUUGCUUAUCCCAUUGGAGUUGCCAGUAAUGGAGAGCUUACAAAUCUUCCAGGGACAGAAUUUUUUCCUGACACCAAGGCUCGCGUUUUUGGGUCUAAAUCUGAGUUACUCCCUUCAAUCCUCACUACGUAG